AUGAAGAACUCAUUGGCAAUAGGGCUGCUGGCUGUGGUGGUUGCAGCCAUGGCGGUAGCAGCGAUCCACGACGUCGACAUGAACGAUGUGCCAUUCACGGAUGAGGACCUGGAGUCGGAGGAGAGCAUGUGGAGCCUGUACCAGAGGUGGCGCAACAUGUACGCAUCGUCGCCGUUCUUGGAUGCCACUGAGAACGAGCGCAGGUUCGAGGCGUUCAAAGAGAAUGCCAAGUAUGUCAAUGAGUUCAAUAAGAAGGAAGGCAUGACUUAUGAGCUAGGGCUCAAUAAGUUCGCCGAUUUAACGCUCGAGGAGUUUUUAGCCAAGUACACUGGUUCCAAGGUGGAUGCUGCCACCUUGGCCUCGUUUCCUGAGCCCGUGGAGGAGGAGGAGCCGGUUGGUGUGCCCACUGCGUGGGACUGGAGACAGCGCGGAGCUGUCACUCCUGUCAAGGACCAAGGAUCCUGUGGGAGCUGCUGGGCGUUCUCGUCGGUGGGAGCGGUGGAGAGCACCUACGCGAUAGCGACGAAGAAGAAGCCGGUGACGCUGUCGGAGCAGCAGGUGCUGGACUGCUCCGGCGGCGGCGACUGCAAUGGCGGAUACGUCUCCACGGUUCUGUCGAGCUUCGCGGUGAAGAAGGGGAUCGCGCUGAGCCAGUCCUACCCCAGGUACUCUGCCGCCAAGAUGGCCUGCAGGACGACGCCCAGGACGCCGGUGGUGAAGAUGGACGGCGCCGCGUCGGUGCCUUCCUCCAACGAGGCCGCCCUCAAGCUCGCCGUCUACACGCGCCCUGUCUCUGUGCUCAUCGAGGCCGACAAAAACUUUCAGUUGUACAAAGCGGGCGUGUACAGUGGGCCAUGCGGGACAAAAGUAAACCAUGCUGUGUUAGCGGUAGGAUAUGGCGUGGCACCGAACAACAUCAAGUACUGGAUCGUGAAGAACUCGUGGAACACGAACUGGGGCGAGAGCGGUUACAUCCGUAUGAAGCGUGAGAUCACGGACAAGCGUGGCCUGUGUGGCAUUGCCAUGUACGGCAUGUACCCCACCAAGAAGUCCGCUGCUAUCUCUAUGGUCGUCGACUCCUACUAGUUAAUUACUUACUACUUGUUACGCACAGCUAGUGACCACCCUCUCUUUCAUAAAUAACUAGCUACAUGCAUCUACAUCUACAUAUGCAUCUACAUCUACAUAGAUGCAUGUAGCAAUAAGAGGUACGUCUAGACA